AUAUAUAUAUAUUUAUAUAGUUGUAAGAGUCAAGCAAAAUUUCUCUAACAAUUGGCAUGGUUGGAGAAAGUAAAAAACAGUCGAGCUGCUUUUAAUUCAGCAUAAUUUGGAGCAAAUGAUUUAGGGAUAUUAAAUUUGGAUAGAUAUUUUCUUUCUACGUCUAGAACCAACUAACAGGAACCAUGGAUGUCAACUUGAUGAGACGCCUGUCAAUCCUGUGCCUUAUUCUGUCUCUAGCAUCUCAGAUCGCGACCAAUGUUACAUCGGACGGAGUCGACCUUGACAAAGAUCUUCAGGAAGGAGAUAGAGAUUUCCUUUUCGACACAUUUCCUGAUGGUUUUGUAUGGGCGGCGGCCACUGCAGCUCACCAGGUGGAGGGGGCGUGGAAUGAAGACGGUAAAGGCCCCAGUAUUUGGGAUGUGUUCGGCAGUGAACCGGGGCGUAUUGACAACCACGACAACGCCCAGGUGGCCUGUGACAGUUAUCACAAGUACAAGGAAGACGUCCAGUUGCUCAAACAGUUAGGGGUCACCCAUUAUAGAUUCUCCAUUGCCUGGACUCGUGUUUUACCUGAUGGGACUAACAAGACGAUCAACAGACCAGGCCUGGACUAUUACCACAAGUUGAUUGCGGAGUUGAAGGCUAACAAUAUAGAGCCCAUGGCUACUUUGUAUCACUGGGACUUACCACAGGCUUUAGAAUUAAAAGGCGGAUGGCUCAAUGAAGAUGUGGUUGGCCAUUUUAGAAAUUAUGCAGAUCUUAUUUUUAAAGAGUUUGGUGCUGAUGUGAAAUAUUGGAUUACAAUAAAUGAGCCAUGGGUUGUAUCAUACCUGGGCUAUGGAGUCGACCAAAUGGCACCUGGCAGAUGGGGUCCUGGAACCAAUGUUUACAUUGUCACACACAAUCUUAUUAAGGCUCAUGUGGCUGCGUAUAAACUGUACAACAGUACCUACAGGUCACAGAGCCCUGGUGGCAAAGGUCAGAUUGGCAUCACACUGGACAUUCACAAUGACAUCCCCAAGAACAGUUCUGAUCCUGCUGACGUGGAAGCUGCAGAAAGAGGCAAACUUUUUAGAUUUGGUUGGUUUGCUCAUCCCAUACUUAAAACAGGUGACUACCCUGAAGUAAUGAAGACCAAGAUCAUAGAAAAGAGUCAUCAACUAGGUCAGACAUCAAGAUUGCCUUCCUUUACACCUGAUGAAAUCUUACAAAAUAAAGGAUCAUCUGACUUUGUUGGGUUGAACUACUACACAUCUAUCUAUGCUAGUCCAGGUCAACUGCCCUAUGACCCACCCAGUUGGGACAAUGAUCAGGACAUUGUUAGAGACAGAGAUCCUUCAUGGACUGGUUCUGGAUCAUCUUGGCUGUUUAGUGUUCCUACAGGAUUCAGAGAGGUUCUCAAUUGGAUUAAAAAAACAUAUAACAACAUCCCCUUGUAUGUCACAGAAAAUGGAAUAUCUGACAAAAAUGGAACACUGAGAGAUGCUCAUAGAAUUACUUACUACAGGCAACAUAUCAAUCAGAUGCUUAAAGCAAUCAAACUUGAUGGUUGUGAUGUCAGAGGUUACACAGCCUGGUCACUGAUGGACAAUUUUGAGUGGGCUAGAGGCUACUCUGAGAGAUUUGGAUUUUACUAUGUGGACUUCACUGAUCCCAAUAGAACCAGGACCCCUAAAGCAUCGGCUCAGUUCUACUCCAAUAUCAUCAGGGAUAAUGGUUUCAAAAAAGGCUAUAGUGGUAAAGGAGGCCAAUCUACUGGCAUAGUUUACAUUGAGGAUGAUUUUGAAGUCCUGUAUGAUCAAUUUCCUGAUGAUUUUGCCUGGUCCACUGCAACAGCUUCAUAUCAGAUUGAAGGUGGAUGGAAUGCUGAUGGUAAAGGCCCCAGUAUCUGGGAUUCAUGGGCCCAUACAGGACGCAUUGCUCACAAUGAAACUGGAGAUGUGGCCUGUGACAGUUAUCACAAAUAUAAGGAAGACGUUCAACUCCUAAAAAAUCUUGGGGUCAACCAUUAUCGUUUCUCUAUAGCCUGGUCUCGUGUCAUGUCUGAUGGUACACCAAAAACCAUCAAUGAACCUGGAAUACAAUAUUAUAAUAAUGUCAUUAAUGAACUGUUAGCUAACAAUAUACAACCAAUGGUUACACUGUAUCACUGGGACCUUCCUCAAGCCCUACAAGACAAAGGAGGUUGGCUGAAUUCCAGCUUACAGGAUGAUUUUGUGGAGUAUAGUCGAUUGUGUUUCCAGAGGUUUGGAGACAGGGUAAAAAAAUGGAUCACAUUCAAUGAGCCACCAAUUGUAACAAUCAUGGGGUAUGGAGAUGGCACCUCAGCACCUGGCCACAAAGAUCCUGGCAGUGGAGCAUACAUCAGUGGUCAUAAUCUGAUUCUGUCACAUGCUAAAGCUUAUAGACUGUAUGAGCGUGAUUUCAAGGCCACACAGAAAGGUGAGGUUGGCAUCACUAUCAACCAGGGUUGGCCUCAACCACUGGAUCCUCUAAACAUUAAAGAUGUAGAGGCUAGUGAACGCAGCAUUGAUUUUUAUGGUGGCUGGUUUGCACAUCCCAUAUUUAUUAAUGGAGACUACCCAGAGGAAAUGAAGAAAAGAGUAGCAGAUAGAAGUCAAGCUCAGGGAUUAUCACAAAGUCGUCUUCCUCCUUUUACUGAGGAUGAAAAGAAAAUUGUUAAUGGUUCAUCCGAUUUCUUUGGUAUCAAUUUUUACUCAGCUAAUUAUGUAACAAAUGAUCCACAAGCACCAUCUAACCCACCCAAUUAUUACAAUGAUCAGGAGACAAGAGGAGAGACAGAUCCUAAAUGGAUUGGCUCAGGAUCAUCCUGGUUAAAAGUGACUCCAUUUGGUAUUCGUAAAAUCUUAAACUGGCUCAAGUACAACUAUAACAAUGUCCCAGUUUACAUCACAGAGAAUGGUAUCAGUGACCGCAAUGGUACACUACAUGACUGGCAUAGGGUGCACUAUUACCGUCUUUACCUCAGUGAAGUCUUGAAAGCCAUCAAGCUGGAUGGAUGCAAUGUGAAAGGCUACACUGCUUGGUCCCUGAUGGAUAACUUAGAGUGGAACAUGGCAUAUGAUGAAAGAUUUGGGCUGCACUUUGUUGACUUCAAUGAUACCAGCAGACCAAGAACACCCAAAGCUUCAGCUUACUUCUUCAAAACUCUCCUUGCAGACAAUGGAUUUAAACAUGGCUACACCAGGAACGGAGGAUGGGGUACUGCUGUUCAGUCUACCAAUGAAUUCUACUAUGGAAACUUCCCAGACAAGUUCAGCUGGGGAUUAGCUACUGCAGCUUACCAGAUAGAAGGGGCAUGGGAUGUGGAUGGUAAAGGGCCCAACAUCUGGGAUACUUUUAGUCACACACCUGGAAAUGUGGAUGACAAUUACACAGGAGAUGUGGCCUGUGACAGCUAUCACAAACUUGAUGAGGACAUUAAAAUUAUUAAAGAUAUGAAUAUGACUCACUACAGAUUUUCUAUCUCCUGGUCUCGUAUUAUGCCAAGUGGAACACUGCCUUCCAAUCCUGCUGGAAUAGAUUACUACAACCGUUUAUUAACUAAACUGGGUGAAAUAGGUGUGACACCAAUGGUGACAAUGUAUCAUUGGGACCUCCCUCAAGGUCUCCAAAACCAAGGUGGUUGGUUUAAUCCUAAAAUUGUGGACUGGUUUAAAGACUAUGCUGAUCUCUGUUUCUCACAGUUUGGCAACAAAGUCAAGAGGUGGAUCACAUUCAAUGAGCCAUGGGUCAUUAGUGUCCAAGGUCAUGGCAAAGGAGACUAUGCCCCUGGCAUUAAGGACAUUAAAAAUGGUCCCUACAAAGCUGCUCAUAAUAUCAUCAAGUCCCAUGCUGAGGCUUACCAUUUAUAUCAGGAUAAAUACAAGGCAACCCAACAAGGGGAAGUUGGAAUAACCUUGAACUGUGACUGGCUGGAGCCACGAGAUAUUGUCAACAUUAGUGACAUUGAAGCCUCAGAAAGAGGUUUACAGUUCUUCAUGGGCUGGUUUGCUCACCCUGUGCUCAUCAAUGGAGACUACCCAGAUGUCAUGAAGGAAUAUGUCAAGAAUGCCAGUUUGGAGGAAGGUUUGACUACUUCCAGGCUUCCUGAGUUCACAGCGGAUGAGAAGAAGAGGAUUGUAGGUACCUCCGACUUCUUAGGACUCAACCACUACAGCAGCAAUGUAGCCUAUGAAGGUUAUGUUGGUGAUGGCUACUGGAGGGACCAAAAAAUUGUCACAUACAGGGAUCCAUCUUGGCAACAGUCAGUUUCCUAUUGGCUGAACAUUAAUCCAAUUGGAAUUCGUAAACUUCUGAAUUGGAUGAGGAAAGAGUAUGGAAACAUUCCCAUUUACAUUACAGAGAAUGGACUGUCUGAUAGAAAUGGCACAUUAAAUGACUUUCACAGAAUUGCUUACUUCAGAGAUUACAUUAACAACCUUCUAAAAGCUGUUGUACUUGACAAGGUGAAUGUCAAGGGUUACACUGCCUGGUCUCUAAUGGACAACUUUGAAUGGGCAAGAGGUUAUGGAGAAAAACUGGGAGUCUACUAUGUAGACUUCAAUGAUACCAAUAGACCAAGAAUACCUAAAGCUUCAGCUAGAUAUCUUUAUGAAUUGUUCAAAAACAAUGGAUUCAUCCAAGGCUCUUACAAUGACCCAAAGACCACUCAACGUUUGCCAUUUAGAAAUGAGACUUAUUAUGGACAGUUUUCUGCAAACUUUUCCUUUGGUGUUUCUUCAGUUGGGUUAGACAUACCUAGCCAGGUCAAUGAAAAUGACAGAGGCAAGAGUGUAUGGGAUACCAUAGCACAGACAUCGACCAUUGCAAAAAGUUUUGACAGCUCUACAGAUAUAGCAAAAGAUAUUUCUGAUCUUUUAAGCAUUAAGGCAGAACAUUAUUACUUCACCAUUACCUGGACACGUCUGCUGCCAACUGGCAAAGCUGGAGGUGUUAGCCUAACUGGCUUAAACUACUACUCUACACUCAUUGACCAGCUUUUAGAUGCUGGCAUUUUCCCUGCUGUUGCUAUAAACCAAUGGGAUUAUCCUAAUGUCUUAAAGACAAAAGGCUGGGCAGAUAGUAGCAUGAUUGAUGAAUAUAUCUUCCUUGCAAGAACAUGUUUUGAGCAUUUUGGAUCUAAGGUGAAAUACUGGACAACAUUCUCUACACCAGAGUAUACACCAUUUACCGAGCAGAUUAGCUCUGAUGGGCAGAGGUAUACAAUUUAUAAAAACCUUCUCUUGGCUCAUGCUAAAGCCUACCAGCUAUAUAUUAAUGAAUUUAAAGCAACACAAAAAGGUUUUGUGGGUAUUUCACUUGCUCCUAUCUUGGCCGUGCCCAGAAAUUAUCGUGACCCAAGUCAUGCUUUGUCUGCUGAAAGACUCACAGAGUACAGCUUUGGUUUGUUUGCUGAUCCCAUCUAUCUGAGUGGAGACUACUCUGACACUGUGAAGAAGAUUGGUGGAUCUUACUUGUCACCACUGUCUGAACUGGAAAAAUCUUGGAUCAAAGGAAGUGCUGACUAUUUUGGUCUGGAAUAUUAUAAUACUGUACCUGUUGAAAGAGGCGUGGAUAUUGUCCAGACAGCAAGUGUAGACUUGAGCAAUAAUGCCACCAUCAACAAUACCAAUCCCAGAGGAUUGCGUAUGAUUCUUGGAUAUAUAAGAAAACGUUAUAACAAUGUUCCUGUUAUGAUUUCUGGUAAUGGAUUGUGGGACAAUAAUGGCGAGAUAGAUGACAGUUUCAGGGGAAAAUUUAUAUUUGAUCAUGUGGAUGAAGUUUUAAAAGCUGUACGUAUUGAUGGAAGUGAUGUCAGAGCAUACACAUAUCGUUCCUUAAAAGACAGCUAUGAAUGGUCAUCAGGUUAUAAAAUACGAUUUGGCUUGUAUGGAGUUAAUUUUGAUGACCCAAGUCAAGCAAGAACACUAAGAAAUUCAGCGCAAACCUUUACCAAGAUUGUUGAAAAUCGUGGCAUUCUUAGAGGCAAUUGAGUUUUUGAGUUUUAAAAGGAAUAUUCAUUCAGUGUGAGAAUAGAAGGAUUAAGUUUUCUUUUUUUUUCAAUUAAAAAAUAAAAAAUUGUAUUUAAAUUCUGAUAUUUCUUACUAAUUUAUGUAUUGUUUAUAAUGAGGUCACAAUAAAAAAGACUGUGUUUAUAAUA